AUGUGAUUAUCUGUCUAUUUAAGUAUCCUUGUCCUUGCCAUUCUCUCUCCAGCUGUUGUGUUCACUUUUUGUGAAACUUAUAAUGCGACUUGUUAUUGCACUUCACUGACACUCAACUCAACAAGUUCCACCCCUCUUUUUUCCCGAGAAAAUUCCCGAGUUUUUCUCGCCUUUUCCUUUCUCUCUUACACACAUUCUGACAACUUUCACCGUCUGCAACUCCCUCUAUUACUCUCUCAAAAUUCAUAAACAAAAAGAGAAUACCACAAGCUGUUAGGAAUUUGGGUUUGUCAAUAUGAAGCCAACUUUGGGUCAAGCUCAAAGUAAUUGGGAAGCUGAUAAAAUGCUUGAUGUUUAUAUUCAUGAUUAUUUUCUGAAAAGAAAGUUGAACGCCACUGCUAAAACUUUUAUGUCAGAAGCAAAAGUUUCGACGGAUCCAGUAGCAAUUGAUGCACCUGGAGGAUUUCUUUUCGAGUGGUGGUCUGUCUUUUGGGAUAUAUUCAUCUCGAGAACAAAUGAGAAACAUUCUGAGGCUGCUGCCGCUUACAUUGAGACCCAGCAAACGAAGGCAAGAGAACAACUUCAAAUGCAGCAAAUGCAACUAAUGCAGCAACGCAAUGUCCAGUUACAGAGAAGAGAUCCUAAUCAUCCUGCACUGAGUGGACUGGGUGGUUCCUUAAAUGCCAUUAACUCUGAAGGUAUGUUGGGGCAGCCACCAGCAAGUGUGUUGGCUAUGAAAAUGUAUGAAGAGCGAAUGAAACACCCUCAUUCAAUGGAUUCAGAAGCAUCUCCAAAUCUUAUCGAUGCGAAUAGGAUGGCUCUUCUCAAAUCAGCAACAAGUCAUCAAGGUCAGCUGGUUCAUGGUAAUUCAGGGAAUAUGUCCAAUGCAUUGCAGCAACUGCAAGCACGGUCUACUUUAACCAAUGACAUCAAAGGAGAUGUUAACAUUGGCGCUGGUCCAAAGAAUUUGCCUUUGGAUACAUCAGUUUAUCGACAAGCAAUUUUACAAUCAAAAUCUGGGUUAGGAAGUGCAGGAUUAAAUCAAGGAGUUACAAGUCUUCCGUUGAAGGGAUGGCCUCUAACUGGAAUUGAUCAACUAAGACCUGGUUUGGGUGUACAAGUUCAGAAGCCUAAUUUAACACCACAAAACCAAUAUCUGUUAGCAUCACAACAACAACAGGUCUUGGCGCAGGCUCAGGCACAAAACAGCCUUGGAAAUUCUAAUUAUGGUGAUAUGGAUCCGCGUAGACUUUCUGGUCUUCCCCGAGGUAGCUUAAAUGUGAAGGAUGGUCAAUCUAACAGGAACGAUGGAACUAUUUCCUCCCAAAUGCAAUCAGGUUCACCUAAGAUGAAGAUGACCCAGUCACAACAAUCGUUAUCUCAGCAGCAAGAGCAAUUGCAGCAGAAUCAACUUCAGCAGAGUAACAGAAAACGAAAGCAAGCUACUUCUUCUGGAGCUGCCAAUAGCACUGGUACUGGAAACACAGCUGGUCCUUCACCUAAUUCACCGCCAUCAACACACACCCCCGGUGAUGGAUUAAAUACAGCUAGCAGCAUGCAAAAUGUUAACAGUGUGCCAAAGAGCAUGAUGAUGUAUGGUACAGAGGCAACAGGAGGCCUUGCAUCAUCUUCAAAUUUACUUGACGAUAUGGAACGAUUUGGAGAUGUUGGUGCUUUAGAUGAUAAUGUGGAGUCCUUUCUAUCAAAUGAUGCAGGAGAUGGUGCCAAUCUCUAUGGAACAAUAAAACAAAGUCCGGCUGAGCAACCAAAAGAGCCUCCGAGAACUUUCACAUUUGCUGAAUUUAGUUGCAUAAGAACAAGGAACAAUGUUACUUCCUGUCACUUCUCUUCAGAUGGAAAGUUGCUUGCCAGUGCUGGGGAGGACAAGAAGGUUGUCCUGUGGAAUAUGGACACUUUACGGACAGAGACCACUCCUGAAGAACACAAAUUAGUUAUUACAGAUGUUCGUUUUAGACCAAAUUCAUCUCAGUUGGCGACAGCCUCAUGUGACAAAUCUGUGCGGUUAUGGGACGCAGCCAAUCCAACCUAUUGUGUUCAAGAAUAUAGCGGGCACACUUCAGCUAUUAUGUCCCUUGAUUUUCACCCUAAGAAGACUGAUAUUUUCUGCUUUUGCGAUAGUGAAAAUGAGAUUCGGUAUUAUCACAUUGCUUCACCCUCUUGUACCCGUGUAUCUAAGGGAGGUAGUGCUAAGGUGAGGUUUCAGCCUAGAUCGGGACAGUUUCUUGCAGCAGCUUCUGAUAAAGUAGUGUCCAUUUUUGAUGUCGAAACUGACCGACAAGUUUACUCACUCCAGGGUCAUCCUGAACCAGUGAACUAUAUUUGCUGGGAUGGUACUGGAGAGAUGUUGGCAUCUGUUAGUCCAAAUUUGGUGAAGGUAUGGAAUUUGACCUCAGGAGAAUGCAUUCAGGAGCUCAACUCCCCUGGAAACCAGUUUUAUUCCAGUGUUUUUCAUCCAAGCUAUUCAACUUUAUUAGUAGUCGGAGGGUUUUCGUCCAUAGAGUUGUGGAACAUGGCUGAGAACAAAAGCAUGACAAUUUCUGCACAUGAGAAUGUGAUUUCUGCUUUGGCCGAGGCUUCUGUCACUGGAAUGGUUGCCUCUGCGAGUCGCGACAACUCUGUAAAGUUGUGGAAAUAAAUAUCAACACACCUAUAUUCUUUUUUUAUUCACUCUUUAUUCCAAAAGAAUUCAGAGAUCUUUAUUGAAUGCAAAAAGAAUUCAGAGGUCUUUGAAUUUAGUAUGCAAUACUAUACCUUAUUGCAGAUUGUGGAAUAACUCAGUUGCAGUACUGAGGAUUUUUUACAUAUAAAAAUACAAAAAAUAUUUUAUGUGUUAUUAGUAUACCUUAUUGUGGGUUAUGAUAUGUGAACAUCAAAUUUGAUACAACAUAUUGGACACCUCUUAUGUCUAAAGUGGCAUAAAAAGUUAAAAUA